UGGCAAAAUAUGUAGGUCACAGCUGGGACUGUGACGCCACUUGAAAUGUUGUCUCUACCUUCUUCUUUUCCUGGUACUGUUUCAUGAAGGAAGGUCUUUGCGAGCCCUAAGGACCUUGUCAUAUGUCUCUAUGGCAUUAAGCUUGUGUUUUUUGACAGUAGUUAGCAGGUCACCGUGGGAUCUAUUCUCUGUAAUAAUCCUGUUUCUAAUAUCCUCGUUUGUGAUGCGUUCUUUGUAUGUGAUGCGUUCUUUGUAUGUGAUGCGUUCUUUGUAUGUGAUGCGUUCUUUGUAUGUGAUGCGUUCUUUGUAUGUGAUGCGUUCUUUGUAUGUGAUGCGUUCUUUGUAUGUGAUGCGUUCUUUGUAUGUGAUGCGUUCUUUGUAUGUGAUGCGUUCUUUGUAUGUGAUGCGUUCUUUGUAUUUGAUGCGUCAGAUCUUUCUGUAUCAUCUUAUCUCCACUUUGUCAUUUUAAAUCAUAUAACCUUGUAAUAUCUAUUAAUAACUAUUCCCUUGGUUCUUUCUUUGUGCUGCCUAUAAAAAAAAUAGUUUCAUAUAUUUAGGACAUUUCAGGCGUCUUGUACCUAGCAGACGACACUAAUUUAUCCAUUCUGCCCAGACACAAACAAAGCAACAUUUCUAACUUUAGACUCCCAUCAACAACCAGGCGUAGUACCAACAAUGCGGAAAUAAAUGACGCAACUAACGACCUUUGUCAGGGUGCGUAAACCAACACAGUCUCCUAGGCCUUGACUAAUUUGUUUUCUAUUUUAAGGUAAACAUUACGUCGUCUAAACACUAUUGCCGCAAAGUUGACUUUUACCUUUCUUACAACUUGUUACAAGAGUUGCCUAUUUGGUUAGGUUUAGUUUCUGUAACAAAUCGUUCUCUUUUCCUAUAAUGUAACUAAGAUGAGUUCAUGUCGAGGACGUAGAAAAUAAAGUGGCACGCUCAGAGCGGACAUGACGUCACCGGAAAUGCAGCACCCAUGAGCGGCCCGCUGAGAGGCAGGGGGACCCAUGACUUCUCUCCCCUUCCGCUCCAUGUUCUAUCGGGUGCCCCUGAACGAGCAUCUUGUGAGUAUGUUGACCUGCCGACAGCAGGAGGAGCAGCAGUACGGUGACAUGAGCGGCACAGCGGUGGUGCUGGAGUCUGCCCUGGUGCUUCACCAGAUCAUCAUCUCCGCCCUGAUCGUCACCUGCUUCGUCUGUACGAAGACUCUGGUGGACAGCCUGAGGCGGCGACACGCUAGGAUCUCCGUGGUCAUCGUCGGCGCCGGGCCCAUCGGCGUCACCUCCUUGCUGGUGGCGGCCCGGACAGGUAGGGCGAGCCAGAUCAUCGUAUACGAGGAGCUCAACAAGCACGCCCUGUUCAAUCGCCCCCACCAGAUAGCAUUCGAUCCGAAGAGUGUUCAUUUUCUAAAGAGGCUAGGCGUAGACUUUGAUAACAUUGAAGGAUGCUGGGAUAUGGGCAACUUUUAUACACGUAUCGGUGUUUUCCAGGAGUAUAUGUUGACUACCAUUCCUAAAUUGGAUGUACCUGUGCACAUUCGACUAGGAACAAAGUUCUCGCGAGAUUCUCUGAGAGAACUGGAGAAGAUCGAAGGGCGCAAGCUGGUCAUCGCAUGCGACGGGUCAAGUGGUCAGGCUGCCAGACUUUUGGGACUAAGUGAUGAGUUCCUUCAGCACAGUUGCAGGGCGUAUGGCGCUGUGGCAGCCCUGGACCGCCCAGAGGAGUGUCAAAUACCUAUGCCGGAGAGGCUGGUCCACAAUCUGCACUUCGAUCUGACAGCGUACGGCUCCGAGUCGUCAGAGGUAGAUGGUUAUCAGGGAUUCAGCUAUAAAAUAUUUGGAACCUCUCGCCAGAGAUUUAUGGCUUUAUGUAUUCCUAAAUGUGAGUCUCCGCAAGUGAAAAGUUUGAGAACAGUCCUCGAUAGAUCUAUGAUGAGAAACAUUUUCUUGAAAUGUUUCAAUACAUAUAAAACAGAAGCAGAGCCUAGGCUCAGUGAUCCCAUGGCAGUGAAGCACAUGAAAUUUAGCCCACGGCUAUUUGAGGUCAAACUUUCCCAAAGAUAUGAAACGACAGCCUAUUUUCAAGAUAACAAUUUGUUUGUUGUCGCUGAAGGGGAGGCAGCCCGGUGCUAUAAUAUACAUACAGGUCUUGAUGUCAAUGUGGGCAUCAAAGGACUAAUGAGUCUUUCCAAUUUCAUUUCUGUGAUAUGUAUAGCAGACACUGAACAUUCAAUACUGCAGGCCCUGGUACACAAGAAUAAAGAUGCAGAUAGAAUCUGUCGUGAUUUCAUCAAAUGCGGAUUGGUGGAAUAUCAUCUUCUGCGGAAUGGAAAAUAGGCACCACAUUGGGACCUUUUCUUUCUGAAAUUCAUAUUAUUGGACAUUUUUCAUUUCUGAAUAUCUACUUCUUUGCAUGUAAAUGCCCAUUUUGAAUAACUAGGAAGCUGAAUAAACAGAACGGAUAAAGUCAUUUAUUCUAGUAGAAAUCCAGGUUUUGGAGGCUAGUUUUAUUUUUGUCAAUUUUGUUUUAUGUCCAUUUUCCUAAUUUAGGCCAUUGUUUUAAGAGGGUAAAAAAAUAGUAGGAAUAAUCAGUUUAUGUUAUAUAAUUAGUAAUAGUGGGAGGUAACUGAGAUUUAGUACUAGUUGACACUUUGUUUCCAAGUAAGCAGCUUACAUUUUCAUUAUUGUAUUACACAUUUACCAUUUACUUCUUCCAAGAAUCAUUUGUAAUUAGUCUUAUAUGUAAUUAGUUCAUCUUACAUAGCUAAUAAAACCAUGUUUCACAAUUACUAUAUUUUUUGUUUUGACAAAUUUCAGGGGAUUUUUUAGAAAAAUAUUUAUUUGCUAACUCUUUUAAUAAUAUGUGAAUUAUUUCAGGUUGUUCUUUUCAGACAUAAUAAUUUUUUUAAAUUGUUUUACUGUUUAGGAUGUUUUGUAAAACAUCAGUUCCUAGUUUUCCUUACGUUAGUUAAACUAGUACUGAUGUUUCUGUUUUAAUAUUAUGAUUCUGUUCAAUGCUGAUCUAACUCUUGACUGUAUCUUCUAGUCUUCAAUGAUCUUCCAUUUGGACAGCUAUUAGGAAAAUUUAAAGCUUCAUUCUCAUUUCAUUUAAAUAAUUGGUCAUGUUGACAUGUUAAUAUGGUAAAACAUGUAAAGUUAAAUAAAACAAACUUCAUACAUAAUAAUAACUGUACUGCUUGUGACACUGCUGGUUUUAGCAGUGACAACAAACUAAUAAACAGUACCAUAAGGGGUUGUUAAGUCAGAAGCAGCACCAUCAAUAAAGACCAAUAUCUAUACAAUAUUUAAAGCAUAUAUAUUAUAUUAGGAGGCACGAUGGCUGAGUGGUAAAGCACUUGACUUCUGAAUUGGAGGGUCUCAAAUACCAAUCCUUUUGAAGACUGGGAUUUGUAAUUUUGGGGUAUUUAGGGCGCCUCUGAGUCCACCCAACUCCUGACAUUAGUUGGGGAAAAGUAAAGGCAGUUGGUUGUUGAUAUGACACCCUUAUUAACUGUGGGGCCACAGAAACAGAUGACCUUUACUUCUGCAUACUGCAUGGUCCAAAAUGGACUUUUACUUUUUGCAUUAUACUAUGUGCUCCAAGUUUUCUCUUCUAUUAAUAAUUCUUUUGUUUUAUAAGUGGCAGUUGUUCCUUCAGAAAGAAGAUUAUUAUUUCCUAGUCCAGAUCACGGAGGCGCUGUGGGUUAGCAGUAAAGAACUUGAUAAAGGUUCGAAUCCCUGUGAAGACUGGGAUUUUUAAUUUCAGGAUCCUUGGGUGCCUCUGAGUUUACCUAGCUCUAAUGGGUACCUGACAUUAGUUAGGGAAAAAUAAAGGUGGUUGGUCAUUGUGCUGGCCACAUGAAACCUUCAAUAACCGUGGGCCACAGAAACAGAUGAUCUUUACAUCAUCCACCCCGUAAAUCACAAGGUCUUAAAGGGCAGUUUACUUUAUUUUUACUUUUAGUCCAGAAUUCCCAUGCAGGAUGGCAGAGAAAGGCGGCUAGCUGAGUUCAAACUCUGUACCAUCAUGACAACAAUCUAAACUUCAAAUCUUAGACUUAGACUUAGAUCCUCCCAAGCCAUUCUGCUCAUUGGGUGGCAAGCUUUCACAAAGAUCUGUUACUAGCGAUGUCUCAAGCCUCUUCCCACCUGGUGUCCACUUCUCUGAGGUCUUCCAUGAAAGUUUGGUGACAAGCUAUAUCAGGACGGCCCUGUUUGCGCUUUCCUUGUAAUGGCCUCUGUUUCAUAACAAUUCUUGGUAUGGGUAAUUCAUUUUGUCAGAGAACAUUCCCCCAAACCUCAUGUGACAUUCUGUCACAACCUUAUUAAGUGGUCGACUCUUAUUAGUUCAGCAUAGAAUUUCUUAAGUCCCAAUCUCUAUAACUGACUCCUAAAAUCCAUCAUCAAAAACAAAAAUUGUUGAAAUGCUCUCUCUUGAUUUAGCAGUCAUAAUUCUCUAAAUAACAUGAAUACAUGUAUGACAAUUAUUUUCUUUUCCCAAAGCACAUCUGUAAUUUAUAAGAUGAGAUGAGAAGUGUUUAAGCCCGAAAGCAAUAGAAUAAAUGUGUGCAUCAAAGGUUACAUUUACAUAAAUAAUGUUAAAAUUCAAGUUUGCACUUCAGGAUUUCAGGUAUUACCAAUUCAGUAAAAGAUUUGUAUUUCAUGUACUAGUUAUUGAUGUAAAAGAUACUAUAUUCUAUCUGUAAGGAUUUACAUUUGAAUGUCAGAAUCUCUAAUUGUUUAUUAUUCACAUCAUUAUGUAAUGACAUAAUAUCUUCAUUUUUUUGAAGUGAUAAACUUUCUCUUUUAUAAGACUGAAAAUGAGCAAUGUAGUAUCUAUCUGACACCAAACUUGCUUGAUUUCAUGACUUUUUGUAAUACAUUUAUCUUAUAGAACCUACCAGAAUUAAGCAAGAGUGAACUUAUUAUUAUAAUCUGAUGUGUAUUAGUAUUAAAUUUUUGCUUCUGUUACAAAAAAAAUUAUGUAUGAUUUAUUACCAUUAUUAUGAAUGAAUUGAUUAAUAUCUUUUUGUUGGAAAGAGAGUUUUUUGUUGUUUUUUUAAAAUUCAAAUGCUGUUUAUUUUCUAUAUUCAUAACAUUAAGUAUGAAUGUAUCUCUAUUGCAACAAUGUAUUGCUUUAAAAUAAGCACAACUCAAGCUUUAUUUGUAUGUUCUAUUGACAUACAUAGAUGGCUGCCUGGUCACAUGGUAUGUGCGCUGGACUGUCGUUCGGUCAUCUUGAUGGUCCCAUGUUCAUACCCUGCCUGCGCCAUCCCCCCUCAUCUUGUGGGAGGUUUGGACCAGGAAGUAGAUUAUCUUCAGCUCUGAAGAAACUUUCAAAACGUAAAAUAAAAUAUUUUACAAUUAUAUACUUGAUAACUCUCCAUUAUGGAGUAAUUGAAUCCAACCAGGACAUUACCAAAUGUAGAAUGUUUUCAUUUCUGUUCCAUUUAUUUAUUUUUCUCAUUCAGAUAUGCUGGCAACAUUCAUUCUCCAAAGAAGAGUUCAAAGUCUGUCAAUAAACAUAUCGUUUUUGUGCAAAGUUUUAUAAAAUAAGAUUUCCUAUUUAUUUAUGGUAAAUGUUUUAAUAUAUGUAAAUGUUAAUGGUUUAUAUACUUAAUAAAAAAAAAGCUAUAAAAUAAAAUUUUGUAAUGAAAUCCAUUUAUGUUGUAUAAUAUAAAAAUGUCCAGUAAACUGCUGCAUCUACUAAAUAACAA